CGCUAGACCCCCUCAGUCCUCCCCUUCCGUGCCGGAUCCCGGUCCGACUCCGACUCCGACUUCGACUCCGGCCACCGCACGCCCGGGGCAAUUGAACGGACGAAAGACGCCAUUCGCCUUUCAUACAUACAUACAUACACACACACGAGGUACAAGUACAAAAUCAUGGCGGACGCGGCCGAUUCGCAGGCCGCCCGCGAGCGGCGCGAGAAGCACCACGAGGCCGACGUCGUCGUCGUGGGUGCGGGCGUCUUCGGGUGCGCGAUAGCCUACGCCCUCGCCAAUCAAGGGCGCAGCGUCAUCCUGCUCGAGCGGUGGAUGCACGAGCCGGACCGCAUCGUCGGUGAGCUGCUGCAGCCCGGCGGCGUGGCCGCCCUGCGGGAGCUGGGGCUAGGGCACUGUCUCGAGGGCAUCGAUGCCGUGCCUUGCUACGGAUACCACAUUGUGUACCGCGGGGACGAGGUGGCGUUCCGGUAUCCGUCUCUGGAGAAAGACGGUGAGGUGAUUGUGGACCCCGCGGGCAACAGGGAAAAGUACAAGCAGGGGCUGGCCGCGUUUGCCGACGGACAUGCCAACGGGCAAGCCAACGGGCAUGCGAAGGACGCCGGCCGGCCGGAGGGCAGGAGUUUCCACCACGGCAGGUUCAUCAUGCAGCUGCGCCGGGCCUGCCUGGAUCACCCGAACAUCAGCGUCUUCGAGACGGAAGUCACGGCGACCAUCAAGGGCGACCACUCGGACGCGGUCCUGGGGGUGCAGACCCGAACCAAGGAUAAGGCGACGGGCAAGAAGGAUCCCGACUGCUUCUUCGGCCACCUGACCGUCAUCGCGGACGGCUACGCCUCCAUCUUCCGCAAGGAGCUCCUCGGCACGACGCCCGUGGUGCGCAGCAAGUUCUACGCCCUCGAGCUGAUCGACUGCCCCUUCCCGCCGGCCAACACGGGCCACGUCGUCAUCGGCGAUCAGUGCCUCGCCCUCCUCUACCAGAUCGGCACGCACGAGACGCGCGCCCUGAUCGACGUGCCCAACGACCACCCGGCCGCGGCGCCCUCGGCCGGCGGCGCGCGCGGCUACAUCGAGAACAUCGUGCUGCCCGCGCUCCCGCCGCACGUGCAGCCGAGCGUGCGCGCCGCCCUGGCCGACGGCCGCAUCCCCCGGAGCAUGCCCAACUCGUGGCUGCCGUCGACCAAGCAGACGCGGCACGACGGCGUCAUCGUCGUCGGCGACGCCCACAACAUGCGGCACCCGCUGACGGGCGGCGGCAUGACGGUCGCCUUCAACGACGCCCUCGUCCUCGCCUCGCUGCUCUCCCCGGCCCGGAUCCCCUCCCUGUCGGACCACGCGGCCGUGCGCGCGGCCAUGGCCUCCUUCCACUGGCGCCGCAAGCGCCUCACGAGCAUGAUCAACGUGCUCGCCCAGGCGCUCUACAGCCUCUUCGCCGCCGACGACUGGCAGCUGCGCGCCCUCCAGCGCGGCUGCUUCGCCUACUUCAAGCGCGGCUGGACCGACGAGCCCGUCGCCAUGCUCGGCGGCGUCCUCCGCCGCCCCACCACCCUCGCCUACCACUUCUUCAGCGUCGCCUUCCUCGCCAUCUGGUUGCACCUCCUCGACCUCUGCGGCCGCUCCCCCCUCGGCAUCCUCAUGCUGCCCCUCGCCCUCGUGCAGGCCGUGCUGAUCCUCUGGAAGGCCUGCGUCGUCUUCUUGCCCGUCAUGGCGGCCGAGUUGCGCUGAUGAUGAUGAUGAUGAUUGAUCAUGAUCAUGAUGAUAAUAGGAAGAGGGGUUGGAGUCGUCCGGGAGUUUUUUUCGGAGGCGAAGGUGACGAGGGGAGAAAGGGGGAGAAGGGGAGCGGGAGGGGGUGGUGGUUGUAGUCCCCCUAGCCCCGUGGAUGAGAGAAGGGGGGAGAGAAGGGAGGAGGGAAAAAAAACAAGACCAAAAGGAAGAAGAUCAUAGAGGAGGGUGGUGUUUGGAACAUUCCACUCUGCUCUUUUUCAUUUUUCUCUUCUUCUUCUCUUUGCCUUCUUAUCAUUCAGUGUAUAUGUGUUAAGUAUUUUUUUUAUAUCGGGCUUUGAGAUAUCAGACA